AAAACGAAUCAAGUUUAUGGCAAUGUGGGGAUUAAUUUUUAAUUUUUUUUCGGAGGACUGCCGGCGGCAUUUUGAAAUUUGUCAUAAACAUCGAUGUUUUGAUGAGCGAUAUAUCGUCGAUACAUCGUACACUACAUUUACAAACAUCGACAUCGUUCUUGUCUGUUCGGAUUUUCGGAAUCACUGUGACGCUCGCUCGCAUUGCAUUGUUGUGCUGACACGUAAAGCAUAGAUGAAUUUGAUUAAAUAUAAUUUGAUUCUUUGACUAUAUACCUAAACACAUUUUAGUUUUAUUGAUUGGAAAUAUGGUGAACUGGAGCUUUGUUGGCGCCAUGUUUUUGCCCAACGUCGGGGGUUGGAUAAGCACAUUGACAAUGGUGGGGCAAGUCAAGAAGCCCGACGGCACUGGUUGGUACCAGAGCCUCAGGAAACCUUCGUGGACCCCACCCAACUGGGUGUUCGGACCUACGUGGACUGUUCUAUACACUACAAUGGGUGCCGCCUCGUACAUGGUGUAUAGGGACUGCGGUGGUUUCACCGAUAUGGCAGUAGUUCCUUUGUCACUUUACGGUGGACAACUGGUGUUAAACUGGAUAUGGACGCCGUUAUUCUUCGGAUGCCACAAAAUUGGUUUGAGGCGGCGUAAGGCGUGGGCGACGUGGGCCACCGCCUACAGCCUCGCGGUACAAGGGGCCUCGCGCCUCAAAAUCUGCCUUGCCCACAUCAAAUUUAGGUCUUGCCCCGCCACUGUUGGGUUUAGUCACCAUGGCUGUGCUGAACGCUGCGGUGGUCGCGUGCACGUCAAGUUUCGGCAGCGUCAACAGAACGGCCGCAUAUAUGAUGCUGCCGUACCUACUUUGGCUGUGGUGCGCUACCACCUUGAACUACUCGAUAUGGAAACUCAACAGGGAUGAGAAAAAGGAAAGGUGAACUUGAUUGAUCUAUUUCCAAUUAAAUUUGAAAUUCAUAGUUAUUAAAAUUAAAAUAAUAUUCAGUACCUACGUAAUCGGAAAUUGUAAAAAUAAAAAACUGGUCACGAU